UUGUAUGAAAUCAGCAACAACAACAAUCACAUUAUAUUAAUUUCCUUCUAUUUUUCGCCGGCCAAGCACACAACAAUGGACACCUGUGCAAUCCCACGUAUAUAUAUAUUAUUAUAUAUAACUAAUUAAACGCUGAUUCACCCCUGUUUUCUUUCCAUAUCACUUUACUCUGCCAAUAUCAUCACGAUGAAUGAUCUGCUCAGUGAAUCCUUUGCGAGUGAUGCCCGAGAGCAUCCUCCAAGAGAUCAUGAUGUUCAAAUGACUUCAAGACUUCCAAGAAGUAGUUCCGACAUGGGAAUGGAAUCGUUUAACAAACAGAUACAAGAUAUCGAGAAACAAGUGGAUAAGCUUGCGAGUUUAUUGAAAAAACUUAAGGAUUCUAACGAGGAAUCAAAAUCCGUGACAAAAGCAUCUUCCAUGAAAGCUAUUAGGAAACGAAUGGAUAAAGAUGUUGAUGAAGUAGGGAAGAUUGCACGUACCGUAAAAGGGAAAAUACAAGCAAUCAAUAAAGAGAACUUAGCCAACCGACAAAAACCGGGUUGUGGGCCCGGGACUGGCGUUGACCGCUCUAGGUCAAAUAUGACAAACGCUUUGACCAAGAGGUUCCGGGACAUAAUGAUCGAAUUUCAGACCUUAAGACGAAAGAUCGAUGACGAAUACCGUGAGGUUGUUGAAAGAAGAGUCAUUACAGUUACUGGAACCCGGCCCGAUGAAGAGACUAUCAACAACCUUAUAGAAACCGGAAACAGUGAGCAAAUCUUCCAGAAUGCAAUGAAAGAAAUGGGUCGAGGACAGGUUCUAAACACGCUGGAAGAAAUUCAAGAAAGACAUGAUGCUGUUAGGGAAAUCGAAAAAAAACUUCUCGACCUACAUCAGAUAUACCUCGAUAUGGCGGUUCUUGUAGAGGCUCAAGGAGACCUAUUGGAUAACAUCGAAAGCCAGGUAACGAACACAGUCGAUCAUGUCCAAUCGGGGACAAGUGCGUUACAAACAGCAAAGAAACUACAGAUCAAAAGUCGAAAAUGCAUGUGUAUCGCAAUUGUUUUGCUGUUGGUUAUAAUAGCAAUAGUUGUGGUUGGUGUUAUUCAGCCAUGGAAGAGUGGCAAGGGAGCUUGACACUUUUUUAACACAUUUUCAGACCAGUUUGCAAUUUUUUUGUUUUGUUUUCAUUUACUUUUAUAAAUGAUGAUGUAUCAGUAUAAUUACAAAAACCACAACACUAUAUUAAUACUGGUCAUAUAA